AUGUCGCCAAUCAUCCGCCUCCUCGUCAUUUCCGAUACUCACUCCACCUGGCCCUACACCCCAGACUGCCCUGCACCUCCAUGCGACAUCCUCAUCCACUGUGGUGAUCUCACUCAAGUCGGCGGCCUUCCUGCAUACAGGAAGGCUAUGCAAGACAUUCAGACCGUCGACGCAGAGCUCAAACUCGUCAUCGCCGGAAACCAUGACCUCGAUCUCGAUGAAGAGUGGGUGCGCAAGAACGCUGAAGAUCAAGAAGAGGAAGAAGAUAUAGAGGACAGUAGGAAAUGUGUCAGUUUCAUGAAGUCGCACGAGAAAGAGGGUGUAUACUACCUGGAAGAAGGUAGACAUGAGUUCAAGCUGAAGGAUGGGAGAAGCUUCAGUGUCUGGGCGAGUCCGUAUACUCCGGAGUUUAAUGGGUAUGCAUUUGCGUACGGAAAAGACGAAGAUCGAUUCAGCAACAUACCCGAAGAUAUCGAUAUCUUGAUGACGCAUGGACCGCCUUCAUUCACUGACGAACUCGGCUACGGUCUCGAUGUCAAUGCGAUGCAGUGA